AUGGAGCAAAGCAGAGGCCUGAGAUUGAUACUUCUCCCACUGCCAUUUCAAGGCCAUAUAAACCCAAUGCUAGAACUGGGCAACCUUCUUCACUCCAAAGGCUUCUCCAUAACCAUCGUCCACACCAAGUUCAACUCUCUCAACCCUUCAAGCCACCCACACUUCACCUUCCACUCAAUCCCUGUCGACUUAUCUGAAUCUGAGGCCUCCGUAAAGGAAGCUGGCCGUCUUCUUUCUCUUAUAAAUGCUAAAUGUGUUGAGCCUUUCAGGGAAUGCUUGGUUACCUUGUUAUCCGAUGCAGAGGAGGACCCUGUUGCUUGCUUGAUCUCAGAUCCUCUCCUUCACUUCACUCGAUCAGUUGCAGAGAGCUUUGAGCUCCCAAGGAUUCUGUUAAGGACUGGGGGCGCCGCUUCCUUUGCUGUUUAUGCUGCUUUUCCACUUUUGAAGGAAAAGGGUUACCUCCCAAUACAAGAUUCUCGACUAGAAGAGCCAGUGACAGAGCUGUCACCUUUCAAAGUUAAAGACCUGCCCAGAAUGGACACUUGUGACCCUGAGAGUUUUUACCAACUGAUAACCAACAUGGCAAAUGAACCCAAGGCCUCAUCUGGACUCAUUUUCAACACUUUCGAAGACCUUGAACAACACGCACUUGCCACACUUCGCCAAGAUUCUUACCCCAAUAUUCCAAUUUUCCCAAUAGGCCCAUUUCACAAGUGUGACGCUGCACCCUCUUCUUCAACUGGGUUAUUAGAAGAAGACCAGAGUUGCAUUUCAUGGCUAAACACUCAAGCACCGAAAUCUGUUGUGUAUGUUAGCUUUGGGAGCAUUGCUGCAGUAAAAGAAGCUCAGUUUUUGGAGAUAGCUUGGGGACUAGCCAACAGCAACCACCCAUUCUUGUGGGUAGUUCGACCCGGAUUAGUCCAUGGAUCAGAACCAUUGCCUGAUGGGUUUCUUGAGAGUUUGAAUGGGAGGGGCCACAUUGUGAAAUGGGCUCCACAGAAACAAGUACUGGCUCAUCCAGCAGUUGGAGCCUUUUGGACUCACAAUGGUUGGAAUUCUACAUUGGAGAGUGUUUGUGAGGGGGUCCCUAUGAUUUGCAUGCCAUGUUUCAGUGAUCAAAUGGCCAAUGCAAGAUAUGUGAGCCAUGUUUGGAAGGUUGGGGUGCAGAUAGAGCAUGGCAUUGAGAGAGCUGAGAUUGAAAGAACCAUUAAUUUGUUAAUGGUGGAGAAGGAAGGGGAAGAGAUCAGAGACAGAGCAUUGAAGCUAAUGGAGAAGGCAAAUCUUUGCCUCAAAGAAGGUGGCUCUUCAUACCGAUCUUUGGAUGGCUUGGUUAAACAUAUCUUAUCAAUAAAAUCCUUUGCUUUUGGAAAGCAGAGUGAAUGA